GCGCGGUUUGCAGCCCCCCGCCAUGUCCAAGCACGUUUUUCUCACGGGACCCCCAGGGGUUGGAAAGACUACUUUGAUCCAGAAAGUCACUCAAGCUCUAAAAUCCUCGGGCAUUCCCAUUGAUGGAUUUUACACAGAGGAAGUUAGAGAAGGUGGCAGGAGAACAGGAUUUGAUGUUGUCACUUUGUCUGGAAAACGAGGACCUUUAUCUAGAGUCAGUUCUGAUUCUUCUACUUCAAGACGUGAAUAUCGGGUCGGACAGUAUGCUGUAGACCUUGUUUCAUUUGAGCAGUUGGUUCUACCUAUGCUGAGAAAUGUAAACCAUGGCAGUGAUGCAGAGAAAAAAAUUUGUGUCAUAGAUGAGAUUGGUAAAAUGGAACUCUUCAGCCAGGCUUUUAUUCAAGCUGUUCGUCAAACGCUGACCGGCUCAGGGACCGUGGUGCUUGGAACUAUUCCAAUACCUAAGGGAAAGCCACUGGAUCUUGUUGAAGAAAUAAGAAGUAGGAAAGAUGUUAAAGUGUUCAAUGUUAGUAAGGAAAACAGAAACAGCAUUUUGCAAGACAUCUUGGCAGCUGUAGAUUCCUGCAGAAAAUGAAGACCUUUUCUUGUCUGUAAACACUAAAGCUUUUAUUUUAACAAAACAUUACAACAUUUUGCGGAUGUUUUAGAGUCUGUCCUUCCUGCUUUAGCCCCUGGAGGCUUUGCUGGAGCCUUCAGGGUAAGCAAGGUAAAGCUGGUAAUACUCUAAAAUGUGAAAAUGAGAUAGCAGGAUUCUUGUUUAUUCAGUUCACAAGCCGGUCCAUUCAAAAAAUUGAACAAAUGCAUAGUUAACAUCCAGUUCUAAUCUGGGUAUUUGGAAGUUAGGUGGUCUGACUCUGAUCCUCAUUACACCAUGUAAAAGCAAUUAACUGUCAAAUCUGUUUGAGAUCUUAGUCUUUCAGAGCGUGAUGUGGACUGUUCUGCCUGGAGAGUAAUUCGGUAUCUGGAACUUAGCCUUGGUGUAACAGAACAGAUCCCUGCCCAAAAUGUAUGUGUGCUCCGCCUGGUUUAUGCAGAAAUAUCUUCACUGUCGGUGACCCAGCUUAGGUGUGUCCAGGUGUGUUUCAGCAUGGGUGCUGACGAUUCAUGAGGUAGAAGGAAUAAGCAGAUGCUCUCCUCCUACCCCCAGACACCCCUCUCUCCAGUUGCAGUAUAAGAAGGGUUAUCUAGAAUUGCAAGGAAAUUUCCUGUAGUCCCAAGUGACACUUACAGAAUUCCACUUCAGGAGGAAGAAUAACCAACUCGACCCUCUCCUAAGUGGCGCAGACAGUAGUUGACAAAGGGCUGCAUUUUGGGUUUAUUUUCAAGUUUCUGAUGGCAAUCCUGCCUCGCACCCCCUUAAAAAAAAUUAUAUAUAUAAAUCUUCAAGUCCAUGAAAUUCAGUCAAAUCUUGACUUGUGUUUUUCAUGCAGAGUUUAUUAAGUCAGGAUCGACUUAAUACUGCAUUUGUCUAUAUGGGUUUUACAAUCUGUUAUGUUUAUUCAUACUUUUUGUUUGGUUGGGUUUUUUUCCUUAUUCAGUUCUGUACAUGCUUAAUGGUUAAUGGUGAAAUAAGAAGUGUUUGAGAAUAUUAGACAAUGUGUUUCCCUAUGAGGUGUGCAAAUGUGUUCAGGAAAAGAGCUACCACUUAAUCAGUUUUGCAUGUUGUGAAAACAGAAUUCCCUCCCGGGUGCACACUUGUUCAUUGUACGAUUUAUGGUCAUCUCUGGCUGUAAAAAGUUGUUAAGAAUUCUGUUGUUUCUUAACUUUUUUCUGUUCUGUUCAACAACUGUUAAAAUGAGCAAACUGUUUAAAGGCAUUUUCAAAUAUCA